UUUCAGCCCAACACUGUCCACUGAUUCAUGUGGACAGUAAUGUCCAGCUGAUUGGAGAUCCAGAAAGAGCAAACUAUGGCAGUGUAGUUCGUUUUAGAUGCAAGUCAAGCUUUGAAUUCCUGGAAGGGUCUGCAGAGAUGUAUUGUGAUCAAAAUGGGCAGUGGAUUGGGACGGAACCAAAAUGCACAGAAGGAAUAAAAUGUAGAGCCCCCGUGAUUGCAAAUGGUGUGGUGCUUGGAGAUGUCCAAGAGUACAAAGAAAAUCAAGUCCUGCAUUAUCAGUGUGAUCCUCAAUACAAGCGUGCUGAAGAAAGACAAUCAAAAUGCACAAAAGUGGGAACAAAAGCAGAGUGGAGUCCCACACCUGCAUGUGAAUCAAUAAAAUGUGAAGUGAAACUGCCAGCACUUGAAGGAACACGAUAUGAACCUGCUUUCAGAAAUGUGUUUUUACCUGGUGACACACUCAGAGUUCUCUGUGGAGAGAAACACUGGAUUGUGGACCAUCAGACCACCUCAGCAGAGACAACUUGUCAAAGUGAUGGAAAGUGGAGCAUCAGGCCACUCUGCCACGAGGUCAUAUGCAGCAGUCAACGAGACCCACAUCUGUACAGCUGGGGUGUCUAUUGGUAUGAUCAGAAAAGACUAGGUGACUCUGCAUAUUACAGGUGUCGAAAUGGCUAUCAGAGUACAAGUAGAAACAAUCAGGCCACUUGCACCAGAGAUGGAUGGACACCAAAACCACUGUGUCGAGGAACAUACUGUACCAAACUCAACAUUGAAAACGCAGAAAUUUCCUACAACUCCAGGGACCGUUACUAUCACAAUGAACGAGUCCAGUACACUUGCAUGAACGGCAAUAAAAACACUUUUACUAUUACCUGUAUUCGAGGUGAUUGGACAGGAAUAAAGAGCUGUUCAGAGUGUCAAAAAGCUGACGUGCCAUAUGGAUUUAUUGUUGGUCCAUACCAAGACAAGCUGUACUACACCUGUAAUGAUGGUUAUAAGCUUUCCACCAAAGGCUGGUGGGGUGAAGCCAGAUGUAUUGGUGGUGUUUGGUCUGGACUCAACCAGUGUAUUGACAAAGGACUUUGUGGAGAAACUCCUGUGAUUCCUAAUGGGAAAGUAAACCCCCAAGUUAAUAGAGGAGCCCGGACUUCAGAGAUUAUUUGCAAUGAAGGAUACUAUGCUCAGAAUAACCUCUUAAUUUGUCACAACGGAAAAUGGCUUCUAGCUGGACCUGGAUUAUCACUCGAAACAAUCUGUGAACCAACCGCUGUUCACUGCAGUCCCCCUCCUAAAAUUCAGAAUGCUGUGGUUUUGUCUUCAUAUCAGAAGGAGUACUUGUCUGACUCUGAAGUAACUUAUCAGUGUCGUGAUAACUUUACAGUGGAGGGAGAAGACACAAUUAGAUGCAAUGCUGGCCAGUGGGAGGAGAAAAACAUCACAUGUAUACUUCCUGAGGGUUGUGGGAUACCGCCAACUCUUGCAGAUGGAGACACCAAGGAAACUGUUCAAAUCCAGUACAGACAUAAUGAAAAGGUUGAAUACCUCUGUCAGAAUCUUUACCAAAUGGAGGGUGGGCCAUUCAGGACCUGCAAAAAUGGUGAAUGGAUUGGACAGAUGAGAUGCCUCAAGCCCUGUACUGUGGAUGAAGAUGUCAUGGGAAUACACAAUAUUAGGUUUAAAUUUAGUAAUGAAAAAAAGCUGUACGUACCCCAUAAUGAUGUAAUUGACUUCUCAUGUAUCUAUGGAACAAGACGUGUCGACAGAGUGGGAAUGCGUCAGACGUGUAUUGAUGGUGUGAUGAACUUCCCCACCUGCGUGUGAAGUUUUUUAAUCAGCUGGAUGUGAUAAAUCAGAGCACACAAGCAUGAUGACAUCCAACAUCAAGAGUAAGAGCAGUUAUGUAUUUUACUUCUGUGUGUGCUCAUUUUAAUAAAAGUAUAUAUACACCCUCA